GAAAUGAAAAUCUAGCAACACGAUAAGCCCACAAAGAAAUAAGAGAGAAGAAAAGGGGAGAAGAUCAGAGGAGAAGAGAAGAGAAGAGCACCCUCUUAUCAUUGAUUUCCAAAACGCAAGCUUUGUUGUUAAAUUCCAAUCCUUUCUUUCUUUAGAACCCCAAAAGGGCACAAAAAAACUAUAAGCAAUCACAGCUCCACGGUCUCCAAUCCCCUUCUCUCUCUCUUGCUGUCUCUCUCUCUCUCUCUCUCUCUCUGUCUAGACAUGCCUUUAUUACAACCUUUUCACCUGUUGGUACAUUCUAAAUCCCCCCAUUCUCUCAACUAAAUCCUUCAAAUUUCUGGGCUUUUUUCAUUUUAAGCCCUUUGAUUGAAGGAUUUUGCAAUAUUUUUUUUCUUUUCUUCUUUUUUUUUUGAGAUUGGCAAGAUUGAGGGUCUCUGAAGUUUGAUUUUUGGACGUUUCCAUGAAGAUUAUAAGUUCACUAGAUUAAUGGUUUCUGCAUUUGUCAAUGAGUAUUUGAUUUCUGAAACUUCUGCUGUGGGGUUGGGGAUUCAGGAGACAAUAGAAUCAAGUUUAGCUUUUGGUAGAGCUAUUGAUGCUUUUUUGAGGACUAGUUUGAUUUGUGGGUUACUGGGUCGUGAAUAUGUGAGUAAUGGUAUCAAAUACUUUGAUGAGGAUUGUUGCACCUUGUUGGAAGCCUUCUGUUGAGGGUGAUAAUUCUAGCAGCGGUGGAGAUGAUAAUGGUCGGGCUGAUGGAUUGUUGUGGUACAAAGAUUCAGGACACCAUGUAAAUGGGGAGUUCUCAAUGGCAGUAAUUCAAGCGAACAAUCUAUUGGAAGACUGUAGCCAACUUGAAUCAGGUCCAAUGAGCUUGCUUGAAUCGGGUCCUCAAGGCACAUUUGUAGGAAUUUAUGAUGGUCAUGGAGGUCCAGAAGCUGCUCGAUUUGUAAAUCAGCAUCUUUUUGAAAAUAUCAAGACUAUUCAUGGUGCAGAAUUUACAUCAGAGACCCAUGGAAUGUCUGCAGAUGUUAUCAACAAAGCAUUUUUAGCAACAGAAGAGGCAUUUCUCUCUCUAGUACAGCAGCAGUGGCAAAUAAAGCCACAAAUUGCUUCUGUUGGUUCAUGUUGUUUGGUAGGUAUAAUAUGUAGUGGAAAUCUAUACAUUGCAAAUGCAGGGGAUUCUCGAGUGGUGUUAGGAAGAUUGGACAAAUCCAUUAAAGAGGUCAAAGCUGUUCAGCUAUCAUAUGAACACAAUGCAAGUAUUGAAUCUGUGAGAGAGGAAUUGCAAUCACUGCAUCCCGAUGAUCCACAGAUUGUGGUUUUAAAACACAAGGUUUGGCGCGUGAAGGGUCUGAUUCAGAUCUCAAGAUCCAUAGGUGAUGCCUAUUUAAAGAGGGCAGAAUUCAACAGAGAGCCUCUGUUGGCUAAAUUUAGAUUGCCCGAACCCUUCGAUAAGCCAAUUCUUAAAGCUGAGCCAACAGUUUCAGUACAGAAACUCUAUCCUGAGGAUCUAUUUCUUAUAUUUGCAUCAGAUGGCCUAUGGGAGCACCUAAGCAAUCAGGAAGCGGUUGACAUUGUCAACAACUGCCCACGUAAUGGUAUUGCAAGAAAACUUCUCAAAGCUGCACUUCGAGAAGCGGCAAAGAAAAGAGAAAUGAGAUACGCAGACCUGAAAAAGAUUGAUCGUGGUGUGAGGAGACAUUUUCAUGAUGAUAUCACUGUUAUAGUUUUGUUCCUUGAUUCACAUCUGAUCAGUCGCAGCUCCGGCCAGGGGCCUCUGCUUUCGAUCAGAGGAGGUGGUGGGAUCCCUGGACAUUUCAUUACAUAGGUCAAGAGGUCUCUCAGGAAUGAACAUGCAAGUAUAUACUGUACAGUUAUUCAUCAACCUGCAGUUGGUUGUACCUGUUUUUGAAAUAACUAGGGCAUCAAAUUGGUGUAGGUACUAUAAGCUCGACUUUAUACAAAAAGGAGCUUAAAAGUCUUUACAUCAGAUAUUUGUGUCAAGAUUUGUUCACUUGUUGUGGGUUGAGCCAUUCCCAAGCCAAGAGAUUCACAUAGAGGCUAUUGUUAUCCGGGAAGAUCUUAUCUUCCCAUGUUAGCUAGCUGGUGUGGGCUUUCCUACGGUAGUCCCGCCGUGGGUGUGGGUGCGUGUCGGAAGGCCGACCACUGCUUAAGCUAAAGCCGAGCCGGAAGCGACUCACUUCUAUUCUUGUUGGGAUUGGAUAUAGAUCGGAUUAUAUGAAUCUUGAUACAAAUAUUUAAAGUAAAAGUUAUUAAAUUCAUUUUUAUAUAAAGUCGAGCUUAUACCGAAUCAAAUUAACUUUCAAACGA